AUGCCUAGCACACACAACGAGAGAAAGGAAAGGCUGACCGGAAGAGCAAUCAUCUUUCCGGGCUACUGGACAGGAGGCCCUGCGUUCUAUCCCGAUCUCCGAAAACAAAAGCUUGAAGGCAGUAUCGAAUACGGUGACAUGUGUCAGAGCUUCACAACCGUCACGAGCAACCGCGACUGGGAAGUAUGA